AUGAUGCGUACAGCAGUGCAUUGCCUCGUUUGAAAUUGAAAUUCCCAUGGUGCCCGUUGCGCUCAGGGCAGCAGCGGCAGCGAUACUGCUGGGAAGGGAGAGCCGAGCUUUUGUAAGAUCCUCUGCGUCUCUGCGCGUAGCGGCCAGGAAUUCGUCAGUUUUCAAGAUGUCAAGCGCUCAGGCGAGGCCGCCUGCCGCGGCUGCCGACGUGGCCACAACAGCAGGAGGGACACUGCUCGCCCAUGGCGACUUUAUGUCGAAGUGUGACCUAGUGCUCGCCAGCCAGAGUCCAAGACGUCUGGAGAUCGUGGGCAUGAUGGGAUUGGCGGAUCGCGUUCGUGUGGUCGUCUCCGAGUUUGAGGAGAAUCUGGACAAGUCAUCUUUCAAGGACCCCAGGGACUAUGCGAUUGCCAACGCGGAAGGGAAAGCGAGAGAGGUGGCAAGUCGCGCGUUGCGGAAUGAAGAAGGCGAGGGAGCAGAGCCCAUCGUGGUGGUGGGAUCUGACACAAUUGUUGAUUUGGACGGCGUUAUCCUAGAAAAGCCCAGGGAUGAUGAGCACGCGUUCUCGAUGCUCAGCUCUUUGAGCGGUCGACGACACCUGGUGCACUCGGGCGUGAGCAUUUUUACCAGCAAACUGGGCAAGGACAAAGCGGCGGUGAGCUUUUGCGAGACGACCCAAGUGCUCUUCACGGCACUAUCGGCCGAGGAGAUUCGCGCUUAUAUACGGACACGAGAGCCGAUGGACAAGUCUGGGUCAUACGGCAUUCAGGGGGAAGGUGGACAAUUCGUGCGUAAGGUGGACGGGUGCUACUUUAACGUGAUGGGGUUCCCGAUGCACGCCUUCUCGAGACGUUUAGCAGAGGUAAUCCGAGACGGGAAGGCAUGAUGUAGCGCUAACACCCACCUGCAUGUGACAUCGCUUUGAGUUUAUGCGUGAGUAGUUACUUUCGCUUAUGGGCGACCCUUGUGUGAAUUGGGAUUUUUUCCCCUCGCCGAUUUCAGCCUGUGUCAGGAAAAGCCCGUUCCGCAAAACAGGACGUCAACAAAAUGAAGACUAGGCUUGCGUUUUCCAAGUGUUUCGUGUAAUCUGAUCGUGGGAAGGACUGUCUUACUCCGGAUGUGGUCUUUUGGGAACCCGUGUGAGCGUUUCGGUUUGCCGUUGUCGUCCCAAACUGAGGGUACUUACGCGUUGAGGAGCGGGUACCUUUGCUUUCGGGAGAACUUGUGUCAGAGGUUCGUGCGGUCAGGGUAGGCACGCAGCCACAUCGUUGGUCUUAUCUUUGAAUGCAUUGGUACAAUGGAGAUGCUGCUGCUUUCCACAUAGAUUGGGGAGGUGAAGUUCCAGUUUUCAUCCUGAGCAGCUGUAGAAAAGGGGGCGUCUAAAAAGAAGCUUUCCGAGAACGAGGAACGUUGACGAAGUUGAGUCAAGUGAUUCUCGUCCCCGGCAGGAACACCGCUGGCGGCUUCCGAGCGCAUCGAUGCUCCGUGGCUGGACGCUGGGUCCACAACAACCACGGCCCAAGUUCUCGGUCGAUCUCGACCAAGAAACACACUGUCCGCGCUUGUUCUGUGGGAACUUAAGUUGUUUCCGUCUUGACACACGAGUGAAACGUUCAAGGCAGCAAUAGCGAGAUCUCUCACGAUGAAUUUUAUUUCACCCUGAAGAGACUUCGAGAGUGUUGGCUGCCCUGUCAGUCACCUGACACCUCCAGCCUCACCCACUUCCGUCGGUUAAAAUCGUUGGUAGUUCGA